UGUGGUCAACUCCUGUUACACCUCGCUCUCUACAGGACCCGCCAAACCAAGCAGACUGACGACAGGAGCUAACGCGGUGGACACAUGACAGGCCUGCUAGGCAACCACUUUAGCUAUUAGUUUUGUUGGUUGCUGUAGCUAGUUGUGAUCAUGUUUAUAGCGCGUAGUAUCGCAGCAGAUCAUAAAGAUCUUAUUCACGAUGUGUCGUAUGAUUUUCACGGCCGGAGAAUGGCAACUUGCUCCAGUGACCAAAGUGUCAAGGUUUGGGACAAAAGUGAGAAUGGAGAGUGGCACUGCACAGCCAGCUGGAAGACACACAGUGGAUCAGUUUGGAGAGUGACCUGGGCUCAUCCAGAAUUUGGGCAGGUUCUGGCCUCUUGCUCUUUCGACAGAACAGCUGCUGUCUGGGAAGAGAUUGUCGGGGAGUCCAAUGACAAGCAGAGAGGCCUGAGCCACUGGAUAAAGAGAACCACACUAGUGGACAGUAGAACCUCAGUGACUGAUGUAAAGUUUGCCCCUAAACACAUGGGCUUGAUGUUGACUACCUGCUCUGCGGACGGAGUGGUGAGGAUCUACGAGGCUCCUGAUGUGAUGAACCUGAGUCAGUGGUCCUUGCAGCAUGAGAUCUCCUGCAAACUCAGCUGCAGCUGCAUCUCGUGGAACCCUUCAAGCUCUCGUGCCCACCCACCAAUGUUUGCAGUGGGGAGCGAUGACAGUAAUGUAACGUAUGGUGGGAAAGUCCAGAUCUAUGAGUAUAAUGAAAACACAAGGAAAUAUGCUAAAGCCGAGACGCUGAUGACUGUUACUGAUGCAGUCCAUGACAUUGCAUUUGCUCCAAACCUGGGGAGAUCUUUUCAUGUGCUCGCCAUCGCAACGAAAGAUGUCAGGAUCUUCAAGCUUGUUCCUAUGAGGAAGGAGAGCACUUCUACCGGACCCACCAAGUUGGAGGUUCAGAUUGUGGCUCAGUUUGACAACCAUAACUCCCAGGUGUGGCGUGUGAGCUGGAACAUCACCAGCACCCUGCUGGCCUCUUCUGGUGAUGACGGAUGUGUUCGCCUUUGGAAAGCUAACUACAUGGACAACUGGAAGUGCACAGGUAUCCUGAAAGGAGAUGGCAGCCCACUCACCGGCUCGUCCGGUCAACCCACAGCCAUGAGCACAGUUGUUGGCUCCUCUGUUCAGACCUCCCAGAACGCCCUGAACGGGAUGUCUGCAGGAAGGUAUUUCUUUCCACCUCUGGAUCCUCCCAGAGCAGGGACCAGGUAUGGUCACCUGCUGCCUCCCUCCUCUCUCAUAGAGCACUGUGAUGCUGAGCCUGUUCAGCCUCAGCAACAGGCUAUUCCCCACAGACUUUCCUCUAGAGCCCUACUGCCCUUACCAGAGGCUGAAGGACAGUGAUUUUGGGGUGUUAUGUCUUAAAUUAAAAGGGAUAUGGUUGGAAGAUUAGCAUUAACCACAAAAGUGCCAUUCAUUUCUAAUAAAAACCUUGAUUUAUGUCUUUUUUUCUAACGCUUUGUUCUUUAUUCCUGUACAUAAAUUAGAAAAGGAAUCGAAAGAUUUUAUAAAAUAUUGCAUUAUAUGGCCAGUGAAGCGAUUUUGACAACAGUUUAAAUAGUCAGCCUGUAAAUAAUAAGCUAAACAUUUUGCAUAUUUAGUUUUGUAUUCUAGUGCUUUAACAUUUUAGAAUGUUCAAUAAAGAGGCAUAUUUUAUUUUGGGGGUCAUGAAAAAUAUCUUUGUCAGCUGGUACUUUUUUCUGAAGGACUGACAACUUCAACCAUUAGUGCCUGCAGAGGAAAUGUUAACACUCAUGGAGGUUCAUAACUAUACAUGGAAGUCAAAGUCAACAGCACAAUCUAUAUUUUUUUUUUUUGCUAUUCUUCCUUCACACAAAGAAACUACCAUUCAUUCAUCUAUUGCUAUCAUGUGGAACAUUUCUUUGGAAACAGUACUUGAUUCAACAUUUCUGGUUCUCUGAAUGCCAACUGGAUGUGGCCUAUUAAAAAAACAAAAUAAAUCUCUUCAGUUAAUGUGGCAGGUGUGAUUUGCCCUGCUGAAAUGUCUCUUGAGUGAGCAACUGAUCCCUACCAAUUCCACACCAUUUGUGGUGUUGCUGAGCCUGAUUUGGCAGGGCAGAUACAAAAGAUAUCCUUGCAGGGAGAAAGAACGAAAUAUGUGUUUCUCCCCCCUUUACUCUAAACAUAGGGAAAUAAACUGUUUUUAUUUUGAAAGUAGGGAUAACAUUUUUUUUCAUGGCUCACUCUCAUUGAUGCCUCUGAAAUACUGGAAAGCAUGGGAUGCAGCUGUCUGCUGAGACCUUCUUGCAGCUGCUUGGCAGAACACUUGAGAUAACAAACUCGGCCAGUAACAAUCGAUGCUGUACUUUGUUUUUAUGUCUUAGCUUUGUUUUGCUUAACUAAUUAAAUUUUUA